AUGCCGAAGAUCCCUAACUAUUACAAAGUUCUAGGCGUCUCCCCUGACGCGAGCCAACGAGAGAUUCGUACUGCCUACAAGCGCGAAUCACUAAAGUCCCAUCCCGACCGGGUCCCCGAAGGCUCCCCUGAGAGAGCCGCUCGAACUCGCAAAUUCCAGGAGAUCAACGAUGCCUACUACACCCUCUCCGACGACUCCCGCCGGCGCGAGUACGACGCAAGGCGAAACCUAGAAGAGGAGCUAGACGAGGAGGAAGUUCCUCGCGGUGAUGGUGGAUUUUGGUCCUCAUUCGGGUUCGGCUCCGCUGACCGCGAGGAGCGAGCGUCCGAGCAAUUUGGCUCUGUAUUCGAAGAGAUGCUGCGCGAAGAAGGGAUGGCGGGUGAUGCUAAUGGUGGAGGGGCAACGGGGCACUUCUGGUCUCUUGUCGGUGGGGUCAGCGGCGGUGCUCUCGGGUUCAUCAUAGCCAACGCCCCUGGUGCUAUAGCGGGGGCAGUUGCUGGAAAUCGCCUUGGAGCCGUUCGGGAUGCCCGGGGCAAAAGUGUCUAUGAGGUUUUCUUGGAACUUCCACUUAACGACCGGGCGCGGCUCCUGAGCCAACUGGCUGCUAAGGUUUUCCAGCAUACCAUGGCUCAAUAG